AUGCCAUGUGAAGAAUUUGGUGAUGUCGUCUCUUUUGACACCACCUACUUGACAAACAAGUAUGACAUGCCAUUUGCUCCAUUUGUAGGAGUUAACCAUCAUGGACAAUCCAUUCUACUUGGUUGUGGAUUGCUCUCAUCUGAGGACACUUUGUCAUUUGUAUGGUUAUUCAAAUGUUGGCUAAGAUGCAUGGGAAACAAGGCGCCUUCCAGUAUUGUAACCGAUCAAUGUAAGGCGAUGGCUAAUGCAAUUCAAGAUGUCUUCCCUAAAACAAAGCAUAGGUGGUGUUUGUGGCACAUCAUGAAAAAGGUUCCUGAAAAAUUUCAAGGGUAUAACAAUUAUGUUGGGAUCAAGUGUGAUAUAAAAUCGCUUGUCUAUGACUCUGGUAAUGCAACAGACUUUGAAAAUGGCUGGAAUCGACUACUUAUCACACAUACCUUACAAAAUAAUGAAUGGCUAUGUAAUCUGUAUGAAGAGAGACAAAAAUGGGUCCCUUGUUACUUGAAGAAUCAUUUUUGGGCUGGUAUGUCCACAACUCAAAGAAGUGAGGGAAUGAAUGCUUUCUUUGAUGGAUUUAUCAAUUCCAGUACCACACUUCAACAGUUUGUAGUGCAGUACGAUAAUGCUCUUAAAUUCAAGGCCCAAAAAGAAAUUGAAGCUGACUUCUCCUCUCUUAAUACCAAUAUUGCAUGUGGGUCUCAAUCACCAAUUGAGAGACAAUUUCAAGUUCAGUACACACAUGCAAAAUUUGAGGAAGUACAAAUGGAGUUUCGCUCCAGGAUGAAUUGUUUCAUCAAGAACACGGUCAAGGACUGUAUUUUCAACAAGUACACAAUAAAAGGGCUACCAGGGACAACGCCCAACUACCAUAUCCCCAUCUAA